AUGCCUCCGCAAUCCAUCAUCGAUGGCCACAUCCACCUCUGGCCAGAAUCCAUGUCCAAUGAAGAGGGUCAUACAUGGAUGACACCCGGAAUGCUUCUUGCCAAACAACACAUUCUCUCUGACUACUGCAAGGCCUCGCGGCAAGAAGGUCCAAGUGCGGCGGAGGAUGACGUUGUGGAAGGCGUUGUGUAUGUGGAAACAGACGUACGAUACGCAGAACCUGCAUCAGGGGAUCUCUCAACGUGGGCGAAGGGGCCCCUGGAUGAGAUCAAAUUCCUACGCCAGAUCGUGGAAAGCGAAUACGGAGAGCGAGACAGUCGUAUGUUACUUGGCAUCGUGGCUUGGGCUCCUUUGAACCAACGUACCAAGGUUUUGGAGGAAUGGCUACGACUUGCGGAGGAGACGGCCGGAUUGGAGGCUUGGGGACGAUUCAAGGGGUUCCGAUUCUUGUUGCAAGCCAUUCAUGACGAGAAAGAAUUCGAAGCGCUCGUGUUUAGUGCAGACUUCAUUGAAAAUCUGAAGCUACUCGGACGGAAGGGCUUCUCAUUUGAUGUUGGCGUGGAUCAGCAUUCUGGGGGAAUCUGGCAGCUUGAAGCUAUCAACAAGGCGAUGAAGAUGGCCCAUCAAAAUGUAACGGAGGAUGAAAAAGUGGUCUUCAUCCUGAAUCAUCUUUGCAAGCCGGACUUCAGAAGAGAGAGCAAGAGCUUCUUUGAAUGGCGAAAAGCGAUAACGGAAGCCUCGAGGCUUUCAGGGACGUAUAUGAAGCUCUCCGGGGCAUUUUCGGAGCUGCCAGAUGGCGUACAGAGGACAGGUGAGAUUGUUGGUCUGAUCAAGCCUUGGGUCAAGCAUGUGCUUGAAAGCUUUGGAGCCAAGCGAGUGAUGUUUGGAAGUGAUUGGCCGGUGUGCAACGUCAAAGGACCGACUGGCGAGGACUCGUGGGUUAGCUGGAGGGAGGUUGUAGAAACGCUGCUGAGUGAUAUGGACUUGGGACUCUCUGGCCAGGACAUGCAGAGAAUAUGGAGAGACACUGCAAAGGAGGCGUAUCGCAUAGAUUGA